UCAUUUUUAUUAAAAACUAUGAAUUGGUGAAAAGUAAUGUUUUUUACUGGAUGUUUAAAAUUUUUUUUUUUUUGUGUUUUUUUGGUUUAAACUGUUUUUAAAAAAUUACAUGCUAUUUGCCUUAAAUAUCUACCUUUUGAGGUGAUCCAGAUAUCGUUGAAACCCUUUAUCUCAUCUCAUUUGUCUAUGUAUAGUCAAGCUUUGGAAGAUUAUUGUCAUAUGUAACAAUUAACAAAGAACUUGUACGAAGAAGCUCAGAGAGAGUUAGGCUUCAAUGGCAACCGAGGGUGUGGAAAACCAGACAAGCUUCAACAAAUAUGCUUGUUCUUGUGCUCUUAUUGCAUCUAUCAUCUCCAUCAUAUUUGGUUAUGAUACUGGAGUUAUGAGUGGAGCCAUGAUUUUUAUAAAGGAGGAUCUCAAAAUUAGUGACGUCCAAGUAGAAGUCCUGGCCGGAAUUCUAAAUAUAUGCGCCCUGGUUGGUUCUCUGGCAGCAGGAAGAACAUCUGAUUAUAUUGGACGUCGAUAUACAAUUGUCUUAGCCUCAAUAAUUUUCCUGCUUGGUUCAGUUUUAAUGGGUUAUGCCCCAAACUAUGCCAUCCUAAUGACCGGAAGAUGUACUGCUGGGGUUGGUGUGGGCUUUGCCCUUAUGAUUGCUCCAGUUUACUCAGCAGAGAUUUCAUCUCCUUCGACGCGAGGUUUCUUGACUUCUCUACCUGAGCUUUGCAUCAGUUUUGGCAUCUUACUUGGCUACACAUCCAAUUACUUCUUUGGAAAAUUGACCUUGAGACUUGGCUGGAGGAUGAUGCUUGGGGUUGCAGCUAUUCCUUCACUUGCCUUAGCAUUUGGCAUACAGAAAAUGCCAGAGUCUCCCAGAUGGUUAGUAUUAGAAGGUCGUUUAAGAGACGCCAUGAAAGUCCUGUUACUGGUUUCCAACAGCAAAGAAGAAGCUGAAUCUCGGUUUGAGGACAUAAAAGUUGCAGCUGGAAUAGAUGCAAAUUGCAUUGAGGAUGUUGUCAAACCUCCUAGUAUCCAUCACGGUCAAGGCGUGUGGAAAGAUCUUUUGUUAAGGCCUACACGUACCGUACGUUGGAUUCUAAUUGCGGCUAUCGGAAUCCAUUUCUUUGAGCAUGCAACAGGCAUUGAAGCAGUUGUUUUAUAUGGUCCAAGAAUUUUCAAAAAAGCUGGAGUCACCAGCAAGAACAAGCUUCUGCUUGCCACAGUUGGGGUAGGUCUUACUAAAACAACGUUCAUCUUAAUAGCAACAUUUUUUCUAGACAGAGUUGGGAGAAGACGUCUUUUAUUGACAAGCGUCGGAGGAAUGGUUGUAGCCUUGACAGGGUUAGGAUUUGCCUUGACCAUGGUAGAGCUGCACUCCGAGGAGCAGCUUUUCUGGGCAUUAUGUCUAAGUAUUGUAUUUACAUAUACUUACGUAGCUUUCUUUUCUAUAGGGCUUGGGCCCAUCACCUGGGUUUAUAGUUCUGAGAUAUUUCCUCUCAAGUUAAGGGCACAAGGGGCCAGUAUUGGUGUGGCUGUCAACAGGCUCAUGAAUGCCACAGUUUCCAUGAGCUUUAUCUCAAUCUAUAAAGCAAUUACCAUAGGAGGUGCAUUCUUUAUGUUUGCAGGACUAGCUGUAGUGGCCUGGUGGUUUUUCUUCUUUCUAUUGCCUGAGACCAAGGGAAAGACCCUGGAAGAGAUAGAGACGCUCUUCAGCAGGAACAAAAGGCCUAUAAACGAAGGCUUAGAAAUUCAGCCCACAAGCAAUAAUGUUUAGUAGGACUUUGUACUGUUGACAGUUAAAUUUAAAGCAAGAACUGGCAUUUUCGUGUUGUUUUCUAUGUAAAAUGGUAGUGUUUCUAUGCAAAAUUAAGUUGGAUCAAUGUUGAUUAAGUUACUUUCCAUUUCAUUUUCGGAUACAUUUAUUUGCACACUUACUUUCCAGUUUCCCCCUCUGAUCUCUCUCUCUCGCGUUCUCUUUCCCAUUUCUUAUGGGUGGGAUCUGAAAAUGAAGUUUGUCACGAUGGCCUACCACUCAAUUUUUGGCUGCUUUAUCGCAAAUCAAUUUAGUCGUUUUCCUUAUCCUGAUGUGUGAAAUCUUUCCUUUCAAUCUCUGCCAGUUAAAACAUAGCGACCUUUGGUAGAACGAUAAGGCAAUCAUGGAAACGGUCUAUUGAUCCCAUGUUUUAAUUCUUCUCUUACAGAAGUUUUCACCAGGUUAAAUUUUCUUCAUAACCUUCUGUAAUCUGGUUAGAGGAAAGAAAGGAUGAAAUCAGGGAGGGAGAAACUAUAUAUUUCUUCUGGAAGAAAUAUUUCUUGAUUUUGAAGAGUAAUGGAACGUUGUAAGAGGGUUUCAAACUAUGCAUGUUCAACUUUCUUCCAUUAAAAUAGUCCAUGCGUAACGAUAUGUAAGCUCGUCUUCUAAAUCAACGGAAUUUUGGGGCCUCAAAUCUCAAAGCUUUAAGCCACUCCAGCCAAUUCUGAAUAAGCACUUGGCAAGAAAAUUUGAAACAAUAUAGGUUGCUCUA